CAGAAAAAUUCGUUUACAUUUUAUAAUUUAUAUCGACAAAUUGAGCGAUGCUAAAUAAAGGCAAUAAACAGGUUGAAAUGUUAAGGCAAGUUCAUUUUAGUAAUGUAAUAAUGUUUCAACUUCCCGUUGUCACUGUGUUGUCGUCGGUCAUGGGUUGUCCAAGCUCCUAAUUAAACAUCUUUAGUCAUGGUCGACAAGUGCUACAUGAAAUCUCCAAUGCAAACGUUUGAUUUUUUUUUUAAGUGAUCUUUAAGGUCACGCUUUCCCUCGUAGGGAAGAAACGCAUGACAGUGCCCAAAGGGAGGUACUAUAGUAUUAAUAGUAAUGUAUGUAAGUAUGAAUUUAAUUCUGUUCUGUGCAUUUACUGUUCAGACUCUUGCAAAUGGCAUCAUGGGCCUUGUUUUAAGCCAAAGCCGUAAAAGAUCAUCAAUUCUGGUAAGAUUAUCUUGAUAAGCACUCGUAGACGUCUGACAGAGAAAACGUAACCUAAAUUUCCGAAAGAGAAGACUUUCCGUAAGCGUCGACCGCCCCCUCUUCCAGGUUCGGCGGGUUGGGAGUACCGUGAGCGCAUCGAGACACCCCUUCCAUGGCUGGAGACUGAGGCUAUCCCCUACCCCCUCCACCACCACCACCACCACAAAACAAAAGUGAGGCAAGCUGACAGAUUAGAAAGUGAAGUCCCUCCGAAAGUGCUGAUCGCUUCGUAGAAGAAGAGCAGUAUUAUCGGAGGAAACUGGAACUUGCGCCGCCUUGAAACUUAUUGAAGUGGCAGAUGCUGGAGAGAGCAAAGCAAAACGGCGGUCGUCGCUUUCGAAAAGACGAAACAAGACGAAACAAGUCAAUACGAGGCUGUGUAACAUGUCCCCUACAGGCUAAAUACUUCCCUUCCCCUCCCUCCCCUCCCCAAAUAUUUUUUUAUCAGGAAUAAAGGUGUAUUGUAUUCGAGUCCCCCAGAGAAAAAAAAAAAAAUACGCAGGAUCCCAUAACCCGGAGUAGUAACUCCCAUGUACUCGUGUCACGGCGUUCUUCCUAACCAUGGCCAGUUUAUUUUUAGAAUGAUUUUGGCGCGAAUUUAAAAUAUUUUGCCAAGUCCCACAAACCAGUCAAAAUAUUCAGAACUGAAGAUGGUAUUUUGACCUUUUAAUGACGUUUAGUUCUCCGUAUGCACGCCUUCUUCUUCAAAUGCGGAACCGCUCUAUGUAAAUCUAAAAAUAGACCGGUCCACGAAAACGCCGUGACGUAGGCCUAGUAUGAGAGUUGCUAACUCCAUAUUAUGGGCUCCUAGAAUGUGCCUAUUCAAAAGUGCAACUUCGUGUUCUGAAUGACAUACCUGACCCAUCUCUUCAGUAGACUUUAUAAUUUAUUGACUUCAAUUUCAAUUUUUCUUUAGAUCCAUGCUAUUUGGUCGGUUAGCGUGGCAUGUAUUAUCUACUCCGCUAUUACAGUGCUGGGGUAUCAGUACUGGGGUGUCGAAGAACUGACGUUUCGUACUAUUACCCAGAACAGAGGCUACCGCAACAACAAAUGGUACUUUGUAAAGAAAGAUUUCAAGAUGAAGUACACUAAACAGGAAAAUGAUGCACUUGCUGUAUUUGGCAUCAUCAUUGUGUUGUCUGUCAUUGAAAUUAUCCUGGCUGCUGCUUUGGCAAAAGUCAGCGAUUCAAGCCACAAGGUGGCUCAACAGCCCACCAUCCCAAUGUACACUAUGUACUAUCAGGUACGGUAUAAAUGGCAUUGUGAAAUGUGAUCAUACUAUAAAACACACGCUUUUUUUUUUUUUUUUGCGUCAUACAUAAGGGGAGAGGGGCAUAGAUGUUGCAGUCGUUUAAAAUCUUCGUAAAAUUUCGUAUGAGUGACAGUGGCCACAAUUACACUGGCCUAAUAGCGGCAAUUUGGAAGAAUUUCGAUCUGGCUUGUAUCUGACGAAAAAUUGGAAGAAAAUAUAAACUUGUAGCUGUACAGUCAGCCUUGCUUUUUUCACCGUUUGCUCACAAAAACACUUUGCUGACUAGAUCCAUUAGAAUCUGGCAUCUUUGUUUUGUACGUCGGCAUUUGCUAUUUAUUUAUAAGAUGUAUUUUAACUGCAUACUACAUAUACUAUUACUAUAUGCUUUGCAACAGCCUUUAUUUACUAAUGUACAGUUUUAAAUCAUUUAAAUUUAACAACGAAUACGCAAACAAACUGAAGAAGAAAUGAAAUCGCGAAGUAACUGUCUUCGUUUCUUUUCCUUCAGCAGCCAGUGGGCCAAGUCAGUGGGCUCCCGGGACAAACCAGUGCAAACAUUGGGUCAGGCGUACUCCCUAUUACAGCCCAGGAUAUACCACCUCCUUAUCGUCAAAUGUCCCCUCAUUAGAAGUAAAAGACGCUUUUUUUUCUUUCUUUUUUUGCGGAAAUACUACUCUCUACUGGAAAUAUGCUUUGAUGCUGCCAUGGCCAAAACAGUUUCAUUGUUAACGUUGAUUUAGUGUAAGCUACCGGUAGUGAUUGUAUUUACCUUUCAUAGAUUGUCAAUAUGGAGAAUUACUUUGCGAUAGUCUUGAAUACAAUCCUGGACGGAAAGUCCUUGGGAAAGUGAUGCAAUAUUCGUUAUUUCUGGAUACCUUUAUGAAACAGCGCUUUUAUUUUAAAUACCUUUGCAGUUGUCAGGUUGUUAUAGAAUUCAGUGCUUGUUAUAUUUAAUAUCUUUUUAUCAACAACAACAACAACAACAACAACUUUAUUGCCUUUAUCUUCGACAUGAAGAUUUCAGUACCAAAACAAUAACAAGUGAAACAAAGUAAAAUAAAAGUUAAGAAAGAAAGAAAGAAACAAUUGAAUAUUAUCAAUUAUUAUUAUUAUUAUCAAUUACGUUAAAGUUGUAAUAAUUUUAGGUUGUUAUUUUAAUCCUUUUUGUUUUGUAAAUAAUUUUGUGUUUUUGGGGGGCUCGUCUGCCUUGACUCUGACAGGAUUUCCCUGAAUAAAAAAAGGUAUUGAACUUUUAUCUUAAAUAUAUAUCUGCCAAGGCGAGAUUUUGCUUUGAAAAUAAAAUAGUACUUCUUAAACUGCCUUGAUACUGAAAGCGGAGCCAUGACAAGUGAUACCAGAGCGAAACGGGUGCACUUUCUCCGCACUGCACCACGAUGAGAGACGAGUCCACCUUUGUCAGGUCUACGUUGCAAGACAGCAGAAUGAAAACCACCCGUUACACUUAAAUCUCCCUAACUGGGGGAAGUUCAGCAUACAUAAUUAUCAUCUGAGGUCAGGCGCGCACUCAAGAUUUUAAAUUACAUGUACGUAGUCCAUUGUGACCAUUGUAUUGUGUAUCAGUAGCAGUGCCGGAUCCAGACCUUGAGAUAAGGGGGGAGCCCGGUCAUCCAGAACCUUAAAUAAGGGGGAGGGGGAGCGGUCUCCAAAAUUUUUUUAGGCCCUUCGGGCCGCUCAGUUUUCUCUAAAAGUAAGGGAGGCCGGGCUCCCCAGGCCUUCCCCUGGAUAGGCCACUGGGUAGCCGCGGGCGUAGCCUCCCCGUAUAGUCCAUAAUAGUGAGUCCCCCUGAGCGUAUGACGAAAGGGAAGAAUGUUUUUCGGCAAACAUCAGAACUCUAUCCCCACCACCCCCUGCCCCCACCCCCACCCCCGAUGUAUUAGUAUGCAACGUGCAAAAGUGUGAGUUUCCACUGAUUUAGAACCGGCGGUUUUGUCCGCUUAACUUAAAUUCCAGGUCACUUAUUCCACCGUUUAGUGUAACAUUUGUGACCGUUAUUGUAGUUUACGUUUCGUCGUUGACUGUUCGGAUAUAUCUUCAUCGUCAGGUAUGUGUGUGUUUUUUGAUAUUCUUUAGUUUUUUGGUGUACCUUUCUUUGUUUUGUAUUUAUUAUUCGGUCCAAUUAUGUAUAGCUUACUUUCGGUUUAAUUAUUGUCAUUAGGAAGCUCUGUACGAGUAAACAGUAAAUUGAAUUAUAUUCUAAUCAUGUCUAAUCACUUCGAUACUCUUUUGCGUUACGUGGUAUCAGUGACAUUCUGUGGAGCAGCUGUUUUGAAAGUUAUGGACCGAAAGACACUCGUUAAGCGCAGAUGAAGCUAUAAGGUGCGUAUAACUGUAUAUAUAUAAACACUUGCCGGACACGAAUUCACAAAUCUUUGAUUGGAAACAAUUUGCCGGACACUCUUUCUCUCUUCGAGGGAAUAAGAUUCAGUCCCAAACAAGCAAGACGAGUACAUCAAAGGCUAGCUUAUCACUAGCAGAACGAUGGACGAUUACAGAAAUUCGCCGACAAUAAAAUUCUAUGCUAACUUAUUCCCUGCUCACAGGUGUCCUUCUGUUGUGUUUUAAAAAAGACUAGAACUGGUAGAACGCGCGAGCGCGACUUGAUCAAACCAUUUAAUUUCUAAGGCUUACUUUCCGGCAAAUAAAAUGAACUGUAUGCAAAAAGUGAAAGAGAAAUAGCGAAAAAUUCCAACUUCUAAUUAAUUCUUUUCUUAUGGUUUAGAAUAAACUAUUCUCGAAACUGAGAAUGUUUUGAUCAAAGCUGUGUAAAUCGAACAGAAACAAUGCAUGGAACCUUGCGUUUCCCGUUUUUAUCUCACCUAUUGUACGGAAUAAGUCUGAAAAUCUUCAUUAAUGAAUCGGUAUAUUUCAAAGAGCUACACAACAACAACAAUCAAACAACAACAGUAUUGUGCUCUUGAUACAAAAGUGUAGAGUCAUUUAAUAAAAGGAAUAAUUGUGAAAGAAGGAGGGUACAGCCACUUAGAAAUAGCGAAAGCUAAUCGGGCUGAGUGGCUGGGCAAUGGGGAAAAGUAAUUAGAAAAAAGUUGUUAUGAAUAAAUGCACACAAAAAAACACUCAGAGAAAAAAUUUUUAAGCUGUAAUAAAUAAACAAAUACACAUACGAAUAAACAAAGAAGCAAGACAAAACAAGGGCUGUGCACUCAAUUAGCUGCAUAUUAAGCACACCAAUCAAUAUUUGGAGAUGACUCUUCACGUGUAACGUACACAGCCAUAAUUUUACGAAAACAACGAAAAAAUGAAAAUACCACAAGGAAACUGAGGCAAAAAUUAAGAGAUUUCGAUGCUAAAUGAUAUGCUAAAUCAAAAACGCGUCCAUCUUGCUCGCUAACCGCUGACAGACUCCAAGAAUACAUCGACAAUGGGGCAGCUGUAGUGUCAACUAUUACUGUCUAGUAGUAGUUCUUCUGAUUCUUGUCUGUUUCUAACUUUGUAAGAUUAUAUCUCGUCAUGGAUAAAUGUGUUAUUGCCCUAACUCGGAUGGUACGAGUGAAGAGAAAACCUUCUGAACUUUUUGCCCGAUCUUCACGAUUAUUUUGAUGUGUAAAUUUUUAGUAAUUCAAUAAAAAUUACAGUUCACGACAGAACACGCGUGUUAUCCGAAACAGCUGUAAAGUAAUAUACGCAUGACGUCAACCGUGUUUUAAUCGAUCACUUCCUUUGUAAGAAAACUAAGCUUUCUGAACACGCUUCGAUUCCUCAUUUGUUAAUCAAAGUGCAACUGCAAUGGAAAAUACUAACAAGAGAACUCUGACAUUGUUGUCUUCUUUCCAAAUUGUGAUAUCCGUCUUAUUUUUCAUUCUGGGAUUGGUGGACGGACUUGAAAUCCGCUUUAUAUAUGUUAGCCUCGCGUUUUCGCCAUGUUGGAUUGUUCCCCUGGUAAGUCAGUGCUUCUGGUUCUUGUCUGUUUCUAAAUUUGUCAAUCACUUAACUCUUUGUAAGAUUAUAUCUGGUCAUGGAUAAAAGUGUUAUUGCCCCAAUGAUGGUACAAGUGAAGAGAAAACCUUCUGAACUUUUUGCCGUGGGAUCUUCAAGCCUGUUUUGAUGUGUAUGUUCUUAAUAAUUCAUCUCAUUAAUUAUGAGUGGUCGUCUCGCUUUCGGAGUGAUCAGGUCAAACGACAGAACUUUGCGAAAGCUCAAUAGUUGUUAUUCACUGUUCAAAAUAUGGACAUAAUAUGCUGUUAAAUUACAAAUCAUUUUGAAAGUGCACUCAUUUUGAAAGUUUUUCACUGCCAAAGUCUCGAUGGAUAGUGUCGGCCCAUCUGUCAAUAUCAGGGCGGAUAAGGGUUGGGCGGUGAAACGAGCACUCCGCUCUUUCUUAAUGUGUGACGCGGAGUAGGACUGGCAUGAGCGCUCUUUCUGCGCUUCCGGUGCCCUUGAAGGCCGGCGAAAUUUUCUUUUUUGCAAACCAGAAAUCCCAUUUUAUUUCUGUAAUUUCAGGCUACAUUGUUAAAUACAUAAAUUCGUUUUAUAACAUUAUUAAUAAACAGUUUCAUAUGUUUAUGUCUAUAUGCCUACAAGUCAAACUUAUUGGUCGCAUAAUGCCAAAAUUUGUGUUUAAUUUGAAAGUGUUGAAUGCCUCCUCCUUCCCUAAAUAUGACCUAAUCGUCUUUUGCCGUUUCGUUUACAAACGUUUAACACUUCUUAAUUUUUACAUAUGUUAAAGGGGUAUAAAUUUUAUACAACAUAACAAAAAAUUAGCUGGAAAUAUUUGGAUAUAAUGGCGUUGUACUACUUCAAACUUUGCCGUUUCUCGGGUGCAAAAGAAGUGCAGAAGCUAUUUUAAUCAGCAGCUCAUAAUUUGAUCAUCACACCUUUUUCGCCCUUGUCAAUAUUAUACUUCCCCGUCUGACUUCCCCGCUUUGCGUUACGUAUUUUCAGCUAAAGGCCGGAAGCUCGUUUAUGUCAGAGAAAAUACAACGAUGGUUACAUUAACUAGUUAUUUUAUACAGCCUUCCCGUGUCAGUUUCAACUUAAUUGUAAACGAAUUCGCACCAAAUACAACAAGAAACGUCUCAGAAGUUUGACCGAAGCCGUUAUAAUUUGGAUUAUUCCACAAAAUUUCAGCAAUUCCUUUCGUGCGUGAAGUAUUACACCUUGUGUACGUACAUGGCGUACCCUGCGAGCAGAGUCCGCUCAGUAGUUGGCUUGUUUGCGCAUGCCAUUUUCUCCAAUAUGAAGGACGCGAACGACUCCGCACAUAUAAUACUAAAAGCAACCAUGAUGCCGGAAAGAAAUCUCUACUCGAAGGGUAUACACGAUGACGAUGGCAAUAAGAACGCGAGAAAACAAUGUUUGUUUAAAGAAGAAAACUACAGCACUGCAAGUAAAAAACACUUUUUUUUCGCUACCGUCUACAACGUACAUGUAUAACUUUCUGACGUUUUAUGUAAUAGAGGACUUGACGACAAGGACGAUGAAUUUCCUGUCUCGUUUUCGUCUACCUUUAAUUGUUUACAUUGACAAAUUGAGGGAAGCUAAAUAAACGCAAUAGACAGGUUGAAAUGUUAAGGCAAGUUCAGUUUAGUAACGUUUUCACUUCCCAUUGUCACUGUGUUGUCGUCGAUGGUUGUCCAAGCUCCUAAUUUAUUGUACAUAGUUAAACAUCUUUCCUCAUGGUUCGACCAGUGCUACAUGAAAUCUCCAAUGCAAACGUUUGAUAUUUUAAAAAAAUGAUCUUUAAGGUCAUGCCGUCUUUCAUAGGGAAGGAAUGGGUGACAAAGCUUAAAGAGAGCAUCUUCGUGGGAGGCUACCAACAAAAUUCGCCAUGGCUCAUGCAAAGUCAAUGAUAGUGCUACAUGAUAAAUUUUCCUCUAUGAUCUUCCUAUACAUGUGAUCUAAUAGCCCACGUUAAAUAUAUCAGAAUUCUAACAUGAAUCUGAGGCUUUCUGGUCACAUAGGACAUCGUCGCUGACGUCACCUAUUGAUAUUGAUGUGCCAACCAGAAGCGCAUUGGUUAUUGUAACACAAAACCUCUUUUGCUCCACUCGUUACAAAUUUAGUUAUAAGCAGUGAUCACCCCUAUAUUAAUCUUUAAUUUGAUGUUAUUUGUAUUUCUUCUGGCAAUUACGGGGGACAAGAGAAGUCAAGUUAGAAUUUUGAUAGAUCGAACGUUGACUAAUAUACAUUUAUUUCAUUUUUUUUUUCUAUUUUUGACUUAUUGUACAUGCGUACAGCUGUAUGUAUUCACUUUAAGAUGAUUUUAACUUGUCGACACUGAGUUAUUUUGUUAACAGUGUCCCCAGUUAGCAUGUUAGCAAAAAUCUUUUGAUUCACCAACGAAAUACUUGAAUACAUAUAAAAAUAAUGUAUGUAAGUAUGUAUUAAAUUAUGUUCUGUGCAUUUACUGUUCAGACUCUUACAAAUGGCAUCAUGGGACUUGUUUUAAGCCAAAGCCGUAAAAGAUCUUCAAAUCUGGUAAGAUUUUCUUGAUAAGCACUCGUACACGUCUGACAGAGGAAAAUAUAAUCUAAAGUUGCGAAAGAGAAGACUCUCCAUUAGUAACGACCGCCCCCUCUCCUGGGCUAGGCGGGUUGGGAGCUACCGUGGGUGCAUCGAGACACCUCUCCCACGACUGGAGACUGAGCCUACCCCCUCACCCUCCACCACCACAAAACAGUACAAAAGUGAGGUAAGCCAACGGAUUAGAAAUGGAAGUCCCUUCGAAAGUAUUGAUGCGCCUCGUAGAAGAAGAGUAACAUUAUCGGCAGAAACUGGAACUUUCCCCCUUCCCUUGAAACUACAUUGAAGUGGCAGAUGCGAUAAACUUAAUUGGAGAGAGCAAAGCAAAACGGCGAUCGUCGCUUUCGAAAAGAUUGAAAACAAGACGAACCCCCUCCCCCCCGCGCCAAUACACACAUACAUACAUAUUUUUUUAUUUGGAGUCGUAUAAAAUAAAUAGUAUAUCAACUAUUUGCAAAAACUUAAAUUACAAACAAGAAAAAAUCCUUACAAUAUAUGGUUAAUAAAUUCAGUAUAUUUUAUCAGCAAUGAAGGGGUAUUGUAUUCGAGUCCCCCAGAGGCAAAAAAAGAUGUGCAGGAUCCCAUAACACGAAGUUACUAACGGCGUUGUUACUCAACCAUGGCCAGAUUUUGGCGCGAACUUAGCAUAUUUUGCCAAGUCCCACAAACCAGUCAAAACCUACAGACCUGAAAAUGGUUUUUUGACCUUUUGAAGACGUUCAGUUCUCCUUGUGCAGGCCUUAUACUGCACAUGCGGAGAACCGCUCUAUGUCAAUCUAAAAAUAAACGCCGUGACGUAAGCCUAGUACUUAUGAGAAUUGUUCGCUCCAUGUCAUAGGCUCCUGAUAUAUACCUAAACAAAAGUGAAACUCGUUUUUGUGAUUAACAUUACUGAGUCAUCACUGAUUUCAAUUGCUUUAGAUCCAUGCUAUUUGGUCGGUUAGCGUAGCAUGUAUUAUCUACGCCGCUAUUACAAUGCUGAGGUAUCAGCACUGGGGUGUCAAUGCACUGACGUUUCAUACCAACAUUCGGACUCAGGACUCCGACCACACCGACAAAUGGUGGUUUGUAAAGAAAAACGUCAAGCCGAAGUACACUGAGCAGGAAAAUAAGGCACUUGCUGUAUUUGGCAUCAUCAUUGUGUUGUCUGUCUUUGAAAUUAUCCUGGCUGCUGCUUUGGCAAAAGUUAGCGAUUCAAGCCACAAGGGAGUUCCACAGCCAACCAUCCCAAUGUACGCUAUGUAUUAUCAGGUAAUUUUUUUUUUCGUCUAACUAUUACACUUACGUCAUAAAUGGGAGGAAGAGGGACAUAGAUAUUGCAGUCGCUGAAAUCUUUGUAAGAUUUCGUAUGAGUGGGUCAAUUCAAUAUGCCCAAUGACAGUGGCCACAAUUACACUGACCUGGCAGUGGCAACUUGGAAGAAAUUUGAUCUGGCCUGUAUCUGACAAAAUAUUGAACGAAAAUAUAAACUUAAAGUUGUACAGUCAGCCUUGCUUUUUUCACUGUUUGUUCACAAAAACAUUUUGCUGACUAGAUCCAUUAGGAUCUGGCAUCUUUGUUUUGUACGUUGGCAUUUACUAUUUAUUUACAAGUUAUUGUUUUACUGCAUCGUACAAUUUAACUUCGAAAUACUCAGGAUAUUUUAUGCAAUCGCCUUUAUUUAGUAAUGUACAGUUUUAAGUCAUUAAAAUUGCACAACGAAUACCCAAACAGAAGAAUAAAUGAAAUCGCGAAAAAACUUUCUUCGUUUCUUUUUCUUCAGCAGCAGCCAGUGGGCCAAGUCUGUGGGCUCCCGGGACAAACCAGUGUAGACGUUGAGUCAGGCGUACGGCUAAUUACAGCCCAGGAUAUACCACCUCCGUAUUAUCAAGUAUCUCCUCAUUAGAAGUAAAAGACGCUUUCUUUUUUUCUUUCUUUUUUUGCGGAAAUACUAUUCUCUACUCGAAAUAUGCUUUGCUGCUGCCAUGGCCAAAUCAGGUUCAUUUUUAACGUUGAUCUAGUGUAAGCUACCGGUAGUGAUUGUAUUUACCUUUCAUAGAUUGUCAAUAUAGAGAAUUACUUUGCGUUAGUCUUGAAUACAAUCCUGGACCGAAAGUCCUUGGGUAAGUGAUGCAAUACUCGUUAUUUCUGGAUACCUUCAUGAAACAGUUGCAGUUGCGGUUGUCAGGUUAUUAUAGAAUUCAGUGCUUGUUAUAUUUAACAUCUUUUUAUCAAUUACGUUAAAGUUGUAAUAAUUUUAGGCUGUUAUUUUACUCCUUUUUGUUUUGUAAAUAAUUUGUUUUUUGGGGGCUCGUCUGCCUUGACUCUGACGGGAUUUCCCUGAGUAAAUAAAGGUAUUUAACUUUUAUCUUAAAUAUAUAUCUGCCAAGGCGAGAUUUUGCUUUGAAAACAAAAUAGUACUUCUUAACUGCAUGAUACUGAAAGCGGAGACAUAGAAAUGCUAGAAAAAAAACUGAUUGACAAGAGGUACCAGAGUGAAACCGGUACACUUUCUCCGCACUGCACCACGUUAAAUGACAGACGAGUCCACCUUUGUCAGGUCUACGUUGCAAGACAACGGAACGAAAACCACCCGUUACACUUAAAUCUCCCUAAACUGGGGGAAGUUCAGCAUACAUAAUUACCAUCUGACGUCAGGUGCUAACUACCGCUUGCGACUGAUUUGUACCAAGCGCACUCAAGAUGAGCACAGUGAAAAUUACAAAUUAAAUUGCAUGUACGUAGUCCAUUGUGACCAUUGUAUUGUGUAUUACCGGUAGCAGUGCCCGAUCCAGACCUUGAGAUAAGGGGGGAGCCCGGUCGUCCAGAACCUUAAAUAAGGGGGAGGGGGCCGGUCUCCCCCAAUUUUUUUUUCGGCCCUUUGGGCCUCAGUUUUCUCUAAAAAUAAGGGGAGCUCUGCCCCCCGUGCUUUCCCCUGGAUAGGCCACUGGGUAGCCCAGGGCGGAGCCUCCCCGUAUAGUCCAUAAUAGUGAGUCCCCCUGCGGGUGUAUGACGAAAGGGAAGAAUGGUUUUCGGCGAACAUCAGAACUCUAUCAGGUCAGUUAUUCCUUCGUUUACGGUGUAACAUUUGUUACCGUUAUUGUAGUUUAAGUAUCGUCGUUGACUGUUCGGAUAUGUCUUCAUCGUCAGGUAUGUGUGUGUGUUUUGAUUUUCUUUAGUAUAUUUCUUCAGUUUUUUGACGUCUGCACUGGAACAUGUAGUUUGCUUGGGCGAGUUGCGUUUGUCUCAAGUGAACAAUAGCCCUCGAGCAAAUGUAUUUCCAGCAGGGAUGGCUAACUUUGGUAAAGCUAUUUAUUGGUCCCUAGAAAGGUCAACCCAGGACACCCGGGAUGGAUUUUUUUCGUACAGUGCCCAGGCCUCAUUUUCUUGGCCGCGCGUUGAUCUGGCCCGGCUACUUCGGCGAGCAUACUCUUGGCCUUUUUGGAUUACAUCCUUCAAGUUUGUCAAAGUCUGCGGGAGUCGUUUUUCUAUCUCGGAAAGCUUCAUUGGUUUCUAUAUCUGCUGCCAUCCUAUUUCUUCGAUCCUGGCAUGUUUAUUUUCUGUUGGAGUUCGAAUUUCGUGGAAAACGUUGUGUUGAAUGAGAGCAUGGCGGCGAAGAUGGCAUCUCGUGUCUCCCACCUUGUAUAUUAUUAUUGUAUAUAGAGUGAACUUGAACAAAUUAUCACGAAACUUCGUUGGAGCAUUAAGAACAACAACAACUAACUGCAGAGUAAGUUUCAUUGAUCUUUAUUUAGUAUUUCCUAGAAAUUUUAGGAUCGUAUUUUUACACCAUAAAAACACUGAAAUUCUAACUGGAACGGUACUGUGGUACUAUCACAGAGCCUGGGUUACCUGUGGAAAUAAUUGUUUGUGAGGCUAACUGGUCGGGAGUUGUAAACUUUCAUUGUAUGUAAAUGAGUCUUGUGAUGAGCAUGCGGUGUAUUUUUGGCGAUGAUUGAAAGGACGCCCCAUGAUCUCAUUACGUUUUUUAUCUCUGGCAAUGAUGUAAUUUCUCUCGAAUCGAGGCCCUUGAAUUUUCGUGUAACUAUACACGCGUAUAGCGUGCGACCGCAGAUGUAUUUCCGGUCGUCGCUAACACGCGUAUCAAAUCAAUUCAGAAACAAAUCGUCGAAGACGCUAUAAAAAGUAAAUAUCCUAAAGAAUUCUCGACCGUCGAUAAGGUAGGAAGUGAAAAACUUUUCGGAAGUCAAUCCUGUUCCGUGUAGAAUCGCCUCCUCAUUUCGUAUCUAAUCUCCAAGCACGCGACACUUGUAGCCUCUUUAAGAGCGUUCUUACUUCCCGUUGUCACUGUUGUCGUCGAUGGUUGUCCAAGCUCCUAAUUUAUUGAACAUAGUUAAACAUCUUUCCUAAUGGUCCGAUCAGUGCUACAUGGCGAUUGAUAUUUUUGAAAAUGAUCUUUAACGUCACGCCUUCCUUCGUAGGGAAGGAAUGCGUGACAAAGUCCUAAGACUACCUCUCCGUAGCAGGCUACCAACAAAAUUCGAUAUGGCUCAUGCAAAGUCAGUGAUAGUGCUACAUGAUAAAUUUUCCUCUAUGCUCUUCAUAUACAUGUAAUCUAAUAGCCCACGUUCGAUAUGUCAGAAUUCUAACAUGGCUCCAAGGCGUUUUGGUCGUAUAGGACAGUCACGCUGACGUCAGCUAUUGUAAUAUUAAUGUACCAAUUAGGGCCCGGUUGCAUAACACACCCCUAACAAUGACGGGUAUAAUUCACUUAUGUGGCUGCACUUACGAUUUUCGUAAGUGUUCACUUAAUGUCGUUUAUGUAACAGAAAUUGCGGGUGUUGCAUAAAACCUUUUUUACGGUAAAAAUAGUACGUAAAUUGACGGGACCUAUGUAGGUCCUGUAUCCUUACUGUUUUUGCUGAAGUUAACGAGACCUUUCACUGAGAAGUGAAAAAAAACUGUUUUUUUACGUAAUUUCAUUCCCGAUGCACUUUUUUAACGCGUGCUGACACUUUAAAGCCGUUGUUAAGAAAAAAGAAGAACAACAAACAUUUCCAGUUGAUAAUGACGUGAAAUAACGAUUGCAUACAAACUUAAUUCAGUGAGAGGCGUAAAAGUGUUUGCAGCGCCCUGACACUUUACACUCACCGAUGGUUAACUUAAAAAAAUAGAGUGAGUCACAAUCAUAAAGUACUUUAACAAAGCUACAGGUGGCAGAUGGGGGAGGUAAGGGGCUCAUCGUACACCAAGCCAAGCGUAUACUUCUACUCAAAUGUCACAGAAUGUCCUCUGCCCAGGUCCUGUGGAACAAAAGCUGUUUGCUUGCUUGUAACGUUAACUGUAUCUGGAUCGUUCACGAUCAACUUUUUGACAAGCAUAAGUAGGCCGUACGUUGUUCAGACGUCGAUCUUGCUCCAUGGUUCCUUCUAGGUAUAUCUCAGAAGUCGUCAAAGGGCGGAAAAUGUAUGCUACGAAGUCUCCAUUGCCAUGCACAGUUAAUAGCAAAUUCAAUCUUAUAACAUGCUGACUACCUCUCUAAGGAGCGUUUUUGUAACAGGAGUUUAUGGAAAGCUGGGGUAGCCGACAUUUUGACAAAAGUGGAGGAGGAGGAAGGGCGGGCGCAGGAUGCUGAUCUUUACAAAGUUUGGUCAUUUGGAGGGACCAGAUGAUCAUACUGAUCAUAUGCCUCUUGCCCCGGCGUGCCCAAUCGAUGGAAAUCGAUCAUGAUAGGAAACCAAUCGAUAUCAUCUGAAUGUAAUCGAUAAUAAUGAAUCGAUUGGUUUCACCAAUCGGUGAAAAUCGAUACGCACAAUGCAAGUCUUCUUGAUUUCAUCGAUUUUAAUUAAUCAGCCUUAAUAACUGAACGAUUUGCCCCGGGCGUAAGCGGCUACGUUACGCAUCCGUAACCGUGGACCCUAGUCAGUCUUGCCUAAGUCUUGCGAGUCGUCAACGACGGGCAAAAUGAACGUUUUAUUAAUAGAGCCUGUAGUGAAGGGCUAUCAGCAGUGCCCAUUUACAGUACGGAUGGGUGAAUCAUUUGUUCUCGAGAAAUAAUCGGCGCCCAGGGAGAGGCACUCGGAGUUGUGAACUCGAAGGGACAACUGGGGCAUAUUCAAAAAGAGCUUGUGACAAUUCUAUGGCCGCUAUUAAAAGGGCGUUGGCCCCGUAUCAUGGUUUUCAACUGAUCAGACUUUCGAAGAGAGUUUUCAACACACUUUCAAUCAUUUUUUUCGUAUUUUCGCCACAUCUAGAUGGAAGGCAGCAGGUGAACGACAAAUCUCUUUUAAGAAAGAGAAAAAAUUACAAUAGGUAAGAAAUUCAGUUACUAAUAAGAAGCUCAAACGUAUCUGAAAUCAUUAUUAAACGAUUACCACUGACAAUCUAUAUAAUCGAUGAAAAUCAAUGAAAAUCGAUGAUCACUUUAGAUCUUCGAUUUUUAUGGAUUUUUGAUAUUAAUCGAUUAGUUACAGUUGAUUUUAUCGAUUAUCGAAUUUUAUCGAUUGGGCAUGCCGGGCUCUUAUGUUGUUGUCAGAGUUAUGUAGAUUUUCUGAUGUGAUGAUUACUUGGAGGGAAAUAAAACAAGAAAUCGGAUUGAGAUUCAGCGAUUAAUAAUUCAUUUUUAUAUUAUCAUUAUCAUAAUCGUUGUGGUUAUCGUUACCGUUAUCGUUUUCGUUUUCGUCUCCGUUAUCGUUUUCGUUUUCGUUUUCGUUUUCCGUUUCGUUUUCGUUAUCGUUUUCGUUUUCGUUUUCGUUUUCCGUAUCGUUUUCGUUAUCGUUUUCGUUAUCGUUUUUGUUAUCGUUUUCGUUUUGGUUUUCGUUUUCCGUUUCGUUAUCUUUAUCGUUAUCGUUAUCGUUUUUGCUAUCGUUAUUGUUGUCGUUUUCCUUUUCCUUUUCGUUUUCGUUAUCGUUAUCGCUAUCACAUCAUUCUCCUCAGCCUUGAAGCCAAGUAUGAUACUUUCUACAGUGGAAGCUCUUGUAGGCGGACACCCCGGAGACGAAAAAAUGUUGUCCGUUACUGGAGCCGCAAAUUUUAAAAUUAAAACAGUAAACGGAACUGGAGCUGGGCGCUUGCGAGAACUGAUGAUCUCAUAAGUGGCUAUUAGAGAUGUAAGGGUUAAAUGGCCGCUUACCGGAGCUUGCUCAAUUCGAAUAAACAUUGGAAAUGCAAAAAAGCUGUUCCUUGGUGUUUGGCUAUAGUGUUGUUUUCACAAUGUUUUAAUUCAGUCACAAGCAUAAAAUUCAAGUGGUGUGUUGAAGUGCCCGGACAUGUUUGUGAAAAAAGAAAACAAAAGAAAACACUGAAUCUGAUAUAAAUUCAUCUUGAUGAACAGCGAGAUGAAAUACUAGUUUCAGAGGGUAAUGCGUGGACGGAAGUUAGAGGUAGGAAGUUGCGCUUUGAAUUAGAAUUCAUUUCAGGUGUUAGCUUAAAGGAACUUAAAUUCAAAGCCAAAACCUCGUAAGCCUUGAAAGUGACCGCGGCCACCUACGGUUAAGUUAAUUAUAAUUCUUACUAUGGAAGGUUUUUUUUUUGCCCAUAAAAUACACAAAAUUCUCCUCAAAGGUUCCAGUUAGGAAAAAGGUUGGUUUUCGUUAGCGACAGAGUCGGAGUCGUAAUCAGAAGCGUAGACUAGCCUUAUGAUCUAGUGAAAAUAGCGUUCCGAUUCCGCUUAUGACUCCGUCGCUUACGUUCCGCUCAUGAUCUACUGAAAACCAGAUGGUCGGAGCGGGAAGCAGAAGGGGAAGAACUAAACCAAUCACAAAACGUGGGAACGUGCAUUGUGAUUGGUUUAGUUCUUCUUCUGGCUUUCACUAGAUCAUAAGCGGAACAUAAGCAACGGAGUCGGUAGAAAUGGAAAGAAAUGGAAACUGAUUCUUCUGAUUCGGAUUCCGUCGCGCUUAUGACUCCGCUAACGAUAACAUGUUUUUAGGUGAUUUCUACAGGCAAAAGUUGGCUCAACUAGUACAAGUUUCAAUCCAUGACAGAUGACAGAAAACAGUUUCAUUCCUAAAUAUAGUCUCAAUUUACAAAACUGGUCCAUUAUUGUCAGAAUUCAGUUCAUGCAAAGACACAGUUUAACUUUUAAGAAAGAUAGCAAAUAGCUUAACAGCUGUAACUGUAAGAUAAUAUGCGUAUGACGUCGCCGUAUUUUUAAUAGUAUUCAACAAACACUUCCUUGUGCUGCAAGAAAACUACGCUUUCCAAUCAAGCUUCGAUUCCUCAUUUUUUAAUUUGCAACUGCCAUGGAAAAUACUAACAAGAGAACCCUGACAUUGUUAUCUUCUUUUCAAAUUACGAUUUCCGUCUUAUUUUUCAUUCUGGGAUUAGUGGACGGACUUGAAAUCCGCUAUAGAUGUGUUAGCCUCGUGUUUUCGCCAUGUUGGAUUAUUCCUCUGGUAAGUUAGUGCUUCUGAUUCUUCUCCGUUCUUACACUUGUCAAUGACUUAACUCUUUGUAAGAUUAUAUUUCGUCAUGGAUAAAGGUGUUACUGCUCGAAUGAUAGUACAAGAGAAGAGAAAACCUUCUGAACUUUUUGCCGUGGGAUCUUGACGCUUAUUUUUAUGUGUAUGUUAAUUCAUUAGGAGUGGUCGUCUCGCUUUCACAGUGAUAUUAGAGUCCGAGCAUCCGCAGUAACUGUGACAGGGACAAACGACAGAACUUUGCGAAAGUUCAUAGUUGUUAUUCACUGUUCAAAAUAUGAAAAUAAUAUGCUGUUAAAUUACAAAUCACUUUGAAAGUGCACUUAAAAAGUUCUAAGUUUUUCACUGCCAAUGUCUCGAUGGAUAGUGUUGGCCCAUCUGUCAAUAUCAGGGCGGCGGUGUAAUGCGGAGUAGGACUGGCACGAGCGCUUUGCCGAGCUUCCGGAAGCUUCCGGUGCACCUGAUGGCCGGCGAAAUUUUCUUUUUUGCAAACCGGAAAUCUAAUUCUAUUUCUGUAAUUUCAGGCUACAUUGUUAAAUACAUAAAUUUGUUUCAUAACGGUAUUAAUAAACAGUUUCAUAUGUUUAUGUCUGUAGGCCCCACAAGUCAAACUUGUUGGUCUUAUAAUGCCAAAAUUUGAGUUUAAUUUGAAAGUGUUGAAUGCCCCUCCUUCCACUAAAUAUCACCUAAUCGUCUUUCGCCGUUUGCAAAAGCUUAACACUUCUUAACUUUAAUUUUUACAUAUGUCAAAGGGGGAAAAAUUUUAUAUAGCAUAACAAAAAAUUAGCUCGAUACAUUUGGAUAUAGUGGCGUUGUACUACUACAAACUUUGUUUCUCGGGUGCAACGCGCCAUGGCGAUUCGCACAAUGCGUCGCAAAUCCGGCAACCGCAUGAGAACAAAAUUUAUUGAAAGUUAAUUGUAAGUUUUUUUCGGUUUUCUCUCGAAAACAAAAAAGUAAACAGUAAAACCUGAGGAGAAACUUAUUUUGAAGUUCCGAAGAAACAGAAAGACGUAUGAAGUUUUGUCAAAAUAUAGGGAAGCGUGAUGUUGAUUUCAAUCAAUCAAGCAUAAUUAACCUUGCACGAGUUGUACGAAUUUAUAAAAUACACGUCAUGUAGUUAUGAAACGCCAUCUGCUGUCUUUUAAUACUUUUGCCAUGGAUGUGGUUUUGCUUCGUGUUUUAGACAGUUUUUAGUUUCUUUAGGAAGGCCGGUCAUGGAAGAAACCAGAGAAGCCAUUUUAAUCAGCAACUCAUAAUUUGAUCCCAGUCCACUGCAUCACACCUUUUUGCUCGGACGUGCUCGUUUCACCGCCCAACCUUUAUCCUCCCUGGUCAAUAUUAUACUUCCCCGCUUUGCGAUAAGUGUUUUUAGCGAAAAGCCGGAAGCUUGUUUAUGUCGGAGAAAAUACAACGAUGGUUACAUUAACUAGUUAUUUUAUACAGCCUUGCCCAUGUCAGUUUCCACUUAAUUGUAAACGGAAUUCGCACCAAAUACAACAAGAAACAUCUCAGAAGUUUGACCGACGCCGUUAUUAUUUGGAUUAUUCCACAAAAUUUCAGCAAUUCCGUUCGUUCGUGAAGUAUUACACCUUGUUACUUGACGUAUCGUACGAGCAGAGUCCGCUAGUAGGCGUGUUUGCGCAUACUAACUUCUCCAAUAUGAAGGAUGCGAACGACUCCGCACAGAUAUAGAUAGUACUAAAAGCAACCAUGAUGCCUGAAAGAAACCUCUACUCGAAGGGUAUACACGAUGACAAUGGCAAUAAGAACGUGCAAGUGAAAACACUUUUUUUCGUUACCGUCUACAACGAAAAACUUUCUAAUGUGACGUUUUAUGUUGUGGAGGACGUGUCGACACGGACGACGAAUUUCCUGUCUCGGUUUCGUCUACAUUUUAUAAUUUAUAUUGACAAAUUGAGCGAAGCUAAAUAAACGCGAUAGACAGGUUGAAAUGUGAAGGGAAUUUCAGUUAAGUAACGUUUCAACUUCCCGUUGUCACUGUGUUCUCGUCGGUGGUUGUCCAAGCUCUCCAUUUAUUGAACGUGGUUAAAAAUCUUCCCUAAUUGUUCGACCAGUGCUGCAUGAAAUCUCCAAUGCAAACGAUUGAUAUUUUUUAAUUGUCCGCAUUUCUUGCAUUAACACCAAACCAUGUCAUUCAGUCAGCAUUCUAAAAAGUCAGCUUGAGCACGUAAGUGCAGUUUUUAUGCCACCAGGCCCACAAGCGCACUGGUUCUUGUAACAAACCUCUUUUUUCAUUCACUCGUUACAAAUUUAAAUAAGCAGUGAUGACCCCUGUAUUUAUCUUUGGUUUGGUCUUCUUGGUGUCUCUUCUGGGAAUAACGGAGGACAAUAAGGAGUGAUUUUGUUAACAGUGUCCGCAUUUAGCAUUUUAGCUAAAUCUUUGAUUCUCCGACGAAAUACUCAAAUGCAUAUAAAAUAAUGUAGUAUUUAAGUAUGCAAAUUUAAUUCUGUUCUGUGCGUUUACUGUUCAGACUCUUGCAAAUGGCAUCAUGGGACUUCUUUUAAGCCAAAGCCGUAAAAGAUCGUCAAAUCUGGUAAGAUUUUCUCGAUAAACACUCUUAGACGUCUGACAGAGGAAAACAUAACCUAAAAUUCCGAAAGAGAAGACUUUUCCCCCGUCCCUCUCCAAGGCUUGGCCGGUUGGGAGGUACCCUGGGCGCAUCGAGACACCCUUCCCACGGCUGAAGACUGAGCCUAGCUCCUCCCCACUUGACCACCACCACCACAAAAAAAAAGUUGCAACAACAACAGGUGAGGCAAGCUAACGCAUUAGAAAGUGAAGUCCCUCCGAAAGUAUUGAUCGCCUCGUAGAAGAGGAGCAGCAUUAUCGGAGAAAACUGGAACUUGCACCGCCUUGAAACUUAUUGAAGUGGCAGAUACUGGAGAGAGCAAAGCAGAACGGCUGUUGUCGCUUUCGAAAAGACUCAACGAGACGAAACAAGUAAAUACGCGGCUGUGUAACAUGUCCCCUUCGGGCUAAAUACUUCCCUUCCGCUCCUCACCAUAUCUUUUAUCCAGAAUAAAAGGGUACUGUAUUCAAGUCCCCCAGAGAAAAAAAAUAUGUGCAGUAUCUCAUAACCCGGAGUAAGUAACUUCAUGUACUCGUGUCAUGGCGUUCUUCCUAACCAUUGGCGCGAAUUUAGAAUAUUUUGCCAAGUCCCACAAACCCGUCAAAACCUACAGAACUGAAAAUGGUAUUUUGACCUUUUAAUGACGUUUAGGUCUCCUUAUGCAGGCCUUAUUUUUCAAAUGCGGACGGAGAACCGGUCUAUGUCAAUCUAAAAAUAAACCGGUCCGUGCAAACGCCGUGACGUAGGCCUAGUGUGAGAGUUGCUAGCUCCAUGUUAUGGGCUCCUGAUAUAUGCCUAUUCAAAAGUGAACUUCGUGUUCUGAUUAACAUACCUGAGUCAUCUCUUCAGUAGACUUAAUAAUUUAUUGAUUUCAAUUUCAAUUUUUCUUUAGAUCCAUGCUAUUUGGUCGGUUAGCGUGGCAUGUAUUGUCUACGCCGCUAUUACAGUGCUGAGGUAUCAGCACUGGGAUGUCGAAUUACUGACGAUUCGUGCUCACGGUAGACGGAACUCAGACUACUUCCGCACAUUUGUAAAGAAAAACGUCGAGCCGAAGUACACUGAACAGGAAAAUGAUGCACUUGCUGUAUUUAGCAUCAUCAUUGUGUUGUCUGUCAUUGAAAUUAUCCUGGCUGCUGCUUUGGCAAAAGUCAGCGAUUCAAGCCACAAGGGGGCUCAACAGCCCACCAUCCCAAUGUACGCUAUGUACACCGUAAUUUUUAGGGAGUUAUUAUAACUCCAAAAAUGGAGUAAAAAUUUUAGGUACAGGAUAACCCCUUUUUUGGGGUUAUUUUAACUCCUAAUUUAACUCCGAAUUUGGGGUCAUUUUUACUCCUGAAAAAGAGUUCUUUUUACUCCCAGUCUUGGAGUUAAAAUUACUCCGAAAUGGGGUUACUUGUACUCCUUACAGGGGUUGUUUUCACUCUUUUUGGAGUUAAUUUAGCUCUGAAAGUGGAGUAAAAAUUUUAGGUACAGGAUAACUCCUUUUUUGGGGUUAUUUUAACUCCUCAAAAUCUGUGGUCACUUUUACUCCUGAAAAAGAGUUCUUUAAACUCCUUUUUGGAGUUAAAAUAACUCCACGAAAAAUAACUCCACUGUAAGGAGUUAAAUUAGCCCCACUAGAGGAGUUAUUAUAACUCCCUGAAAAUUACAGUGUACUAUCAGGUACGGCAAUAAUGCAUGGCAUUGUGAAAUGUAAUCAUACUAUGAAAAACACAUUCGUUUUUUUUUUGCGUCUAACUAUAAUUACACUUGCAUCAUAAAUGGGGGGAGGGGCAUAGAUAUUGCAUUCGCUUAAAUUAAAUCUUUGUAAGGUUUUGUUUAUAUGAGUAGGUCAAUUCAAUUUGCCCAGUUACAGCGGCCACAAUUACACUGACCUGGCAGCGGCAACUUGGAAGAAUUUCGAUCUGGCCUGUACCUGACGAAAUAUUGGAAGAAAAUGUAAACUUAUAGCUGUACAGUCAGCCUUGCUUUUUUCACUGUUUGUUCCCAAAACAUUUUGCUGACUAGAUCCAUUAGGAUCUGACAUCUUUGUUUUGUGCGUUGGCAUUUGCUAUUUCUUUACAACAUAUUCUUUUACUGCAUCGUAGAAUUUAACUUCGAAAUAUUAGCUCACGAUACUAUAUGUUUUGCAACCGCCUUUAUUUAGUAAUGUAUGGUUUUAAGUGAUUAAAAUUGCACAACGAAACGCAAACAGAAGAAGAAAUGAAAUCGUGAAGUAACUUUCUUCGUUUCUUUUCCUUCAGCAGCCAGUGGGCCAAGUCAGUGGACUCCCGGGACAAACCAGUGCAGACUUUGAGUCAGGCGUACGCCUAAUUCCUGCUCAGUAUAGACAACCUGCUUAAAAUCAAAUUUCUUCUCAUUAGAAGUAAAAAACGCUUUAAUUUUCUUGUUUUUCUUUCUUUUUUUGGCGGAAAUACUACAUGUAUUCUCUACUCGAAAUACGCUUUGCUGCUCCCAUGGCCAAAUCAGGUUUAUUGUUAACGUUGAUCUAGUGUAAGUUACCGGUAGUGAUUGUAUUUACCUUUCAUAGAUUGUCAAUAGAGAGAAUUACUUUGCGUUAUCUUGAAUACAAUCGUGGACGAAAAGUACUUGGGACAGUGAUGCAAUAUUCGUUAUUAUCUGUAAUUUCUAGAUACCCUCAUGAACUUACAGCGCUUUCAUUUUAAAUACCUUUACAGUUGUCAGGUUAUUAUAGAAUUUUAAUCAGUGCUUGUUAUAUUUGAUAUCUUUUUAUCAAUUACUUUAAAGUUGUAAUAAUUUUAGGUUGUUAUUUUACUCAUUUUUUUUAUUGUAAAUAAUUUAUUUUUCGGGGCUCCUUUUGAUAACAUCGUCUGCCUUGACUCUGAUGGGAUUUCCCUGAAUAAAUAAAAGUAUUUA